AUGGAAAGCUUUUUUUCAGGUUUGGUUCCUUGCGUUCGAUGUCUUACGGUUGAAGCAAAUUCGCUCGCAGUUAUUCCUGCUGCAUGCGAAACUGAAACUCUUCAAAAGAAGCGUCAACGUAAUCGUAUCUCAUCCUCUAGUCCUACCAGUAAUAGGACUCCAACGAUGUCGGAAUGUGAAAGGUGCAGUGGAACAACCGAGGCGUCCAUUGAUAUCAAAUCAACGCACCUCUUUCCAAAAAUUAUGCUGAAACCGUUUGAAGAGAUGAAGGAAAUUGAACAUACACUCGUCCAAUAUUUACGAUCUUUUCGCAUUUAUUCCGCUGUGGAGUGGUUCGCCUAUCCACUAACAGUCAACAUUCAGUUGCUGAGAUUUUGCAAAAGCUGGAGCGGACCAGAACACCUUGAGAUGACGAAGUACGAUUAUCCAGCUGCUCAAGACCAUUUGAAGCCCAGUGAAAGUGCACUUUGGAGGAUAUCAGCUGAAGAGGACGAAUGGCACAAUAUUAGCGACGUGAAAUCACUAUCGAAGACUCAAAAAUUACAAUCGGUUAGAUGA